AUGGCGCCGCCGCGGAAGAGCGCAGGCAAGAAGACCAAAAGAAAAACCAAAACCCCGUCUUCCUCCACCUUGGUUCCUUCCCCACCGACGGUGGAGUCAGAGCCUGCGGCGGCGGCGGCGGCGGCGACGGCGUCGAUCGAUGUCCUCACCGAGUUCGUCCUUGAGGACAUUCUCCGCCGCCUCUCCCUCGCCGACCUCCUCCGUGCUGCCCUCGCCUCCCACCACUGGCGCCGCCUGGUCUCCCGCUGCCUCCCUCGCGCCCCUCCUCUCCUCGGCUACUUCUUCCACCCAACCGAAGUCCCUCCCCCGAUUCCUGAAGCGGAUUCCAAGAUUCAGCAUACCCCUGCCGUGUUCCUUCCCCUCGACGUCGGCGAAUCCGCUCCGCGCCUCUCCCUCGACUUCGCCCCGGACGCUUUCCGUUUCUACGUCUACGACUCGCAUCAAGGCCUCCUGCUUCUCGAACCCAGCGACAGGAUCCGCCGGGCCGGCGGGAGCCUCCCCCGCUUCCUCGUCCUCGACCCGGCCACCCGCCGCCGCGUGCUCCUCCCGCCGCCCCCGCGCGACACGGUGCCCGAUGACCGCCGCUGGCGCAGCUCAAGGUACUACGUCGGCUCCGCGCUGCUCUCCCGCACGCACCUGACCAAGCUCUGCUUCGAAGCCGUCUGCUUCGCCAUCGACGGAGGGCACCCUCGCGCCUGGGUCGCGUCCGUCGCGGACGGCAAGUGCAGCUGGCGCGCGCUCCCGCGGGAAGAAGAUGUCCUGGUCGAUUUCGACCCCUACUGGUUCGAGGGAGAUGGUCCAUUUUGUAGCUGCGUGCACGCCGCCGGGAACAUGUACUGGCACAUCUGCAACUCCGCCCGCGUGCUCGCGCUCGAUCCCGCCGCGCUGCGCUUCUCCUACCUGCUGGCGCCGGACAUCUACGACUGCUCCACGCUCCGCGUCGGGGAGACGCCCGAGGACGGGCGGCUCUGCAUCCUGGCCGUGGCGAACGAGGGCACGCAGCUGCAGCUCUGGGUCCGCGGCGAGUCCGGGCAGCGGGGCGACAACGGCUGGGUUCUCGGGAGGGAAAUCAUGGACAUGGAUGUGGUGUACGACGCCGUGCCAGGCCUGCCCGAGCACGACCACAAGCACAGGUCCAUAUGUGUUUGGCCCAGCGACAUGGACGCCGCUCGCACUGGGAAGGCCUUCAUCAGGACGUGGGGAUACGGCCGCUACUCCUUUGAUCUCAACACUCGCAACAUGGAGCGCCUCGCCACCAAACGUGGCAAGAACUACGGCCACCCCAUGUUCGCCUACUUCCCUGCCUGGCCGCCUGCGUUCCUCGCCCCAGAUCAGCAAUGA